AUGAACGAAAUAUACGAAAUAUUUCAAAGAUUAAAGAGCAAAGAUAAGACCAUACAGCAAAAGGCGGCUUCAGAUCUUCGUUUACUGGUCGAAGGUCAAUCAAACUUAUUAAAUGAAGCCAACAGGUGCAUUUUUGAAAUGAUGCAACCCGACACACCUGAUGCUCAAAAAAUUGGAGGGAUACUUGCAAUAGGUAGAUAUGCACUUAUUAAUAACAAUAUCGAAACAACCACUUUAUCCCGUUUUACGAAUUAUUUAAAAAUGGUCUUAUUAUGUGGUGAUCAACAGAUAAUGACAUUUGCAUCAAAAGCGUUAGGAAAAUUGGCUGCUCCAAGUGGUGCGGUUACUGCGAUUUUUGUUCAGCGUGAAGUAAAUACUUCACUUGAAUAUCUUCAGGGUGACAGGAACGAGUCUCGCCGUUAUGCUGCUGUAUUAGUGUUGCGAGAACUUGCUCAGAAUACGCCAACGCUAAUUUACACCUAUGUACCAUCAAUACUUGAUCACAUAUGGAUUGGUUUACGUGACCAAAAACAAAUAAUUCGAGAGGCAUCAGCAGAAACAUUAAGUUCUUGUUUGAAAAUCAUUUAUGAAAGAGAAAGCGCUUAUAGGAUACAAUGGUAUACUAAAAUUUAUGAAGAAGCAUCAAAAGCAUUAAAAUUAAAUCACACUGAUCACAUACAUGGUUCAUUAUUGGCAUAUAGAGAAUUAUUACAUCAUGCAAAAUUGUUCAUGCGUGAUCAUUAUAAGAAUGUAUGCGAAACUGUUUUGAAAUUCAAAGAUUCCCGUGAUGGUCUUAUUCGAAGAACAGUUAUUUCUUUAGUACCUGUACUUGCAGAAUUUGACGAUAAAGAGUUUGUGACAACAUACGUGCACAAAUCAAUGCUAUAUUUAUUAAGUCAACUUAAGAAAGACCGCGAUCGUUCAAUAUCAUUUAUUGCGAUUGGCCAAGUAGCUUGUGCGGUUGGAAGUAAUAUGGGACCUUAUUUGGAUUCAAUUUUAAGCAGCAUAAAGGAAGGUCUUUCCCCAAGAACUCGAAAUCGAGGUGGCAAUGAAGCGUCACUAUUUCAAUGUAUAGGAAUGUUGGCAAAAGCAGUUGGUCAAGCAUUAACAAAACACAUGCACGAACUUUUGGAAUUAAUGUUUGCAUGUGGAUUAAGUGAACCUUUACGUCAAGCAUUAAUGGAAUUAGCUAUUUAUAUACCUCCACUACUACCAACUAUCCAAGAUCGUUUAUUGAACAUGCUAUCUUUAAUUUUAAGUGGUCAACAAUUUCGGCCACCAGGAUCUCCUGCAUCAGAAAUUCACGAUCUAAGACGACAUCUUGGAAAUCAAAUUUCAGAUAUGAAGGAUGUGGAAACUAUAGUUUUAGCUUUGAAAACACUUGGAACUUUUAAUUUCAAAGGUCAUAUUUUGAAUGAGUUUGUAAAAGAUUGUGUAAUAAGUUAUCUUGAGCAAGAUAAUCACGAAGUUCGAGAAGCUGCUGCUCUUACUUGUUGUCAACUUUUUGCACAUGAUUCAAUCUUGGAUCAAACAAGUAACCAUGCAAUACAAGUAAUCAAUGUAGUCUUGGAAAGGCUUUUAACUACGGGUGUUUCAGAUCCAGAUCCACGUAUCCGAGAAAUUGUCUUAUCAAAUCUUACAGAAAGAUUCGAUCGUCAUCUUGCACAAGCUGAAAAUAUUCCUUAUGUUAUGCCAUCGUUAAGAAAAACCCUAAUUCAACUUUUGACAGAAUUGGAAUAUUCAAACUUCAGUCGAAAUAAAGAAGAGAGUGCACGUCUUUUAAGUUUAUUGGCAUCAUCGUCUCAAAAAUUAAUUAAGCCUUACGUUGAAUCAAUACUAAAAGCUCUUUUGCCUAAAUCACGAGACCCUAGUCCAGCAGUAGCAGCAAGUGUUCUGGGAGCACUUGGUGAAUUAGCACGUGCAGGAGGAGAGGAUCUUUUGCCAUAUAUUAAUGAUCUAAUGCAUAUAAUAAUUGAUGCAUUGCAAGAUCAAAGUUCAACAGUAAAACGUGAUUCAGCACUGAAAACUUUGGGUCAAUUAUCUAGUAAUACAGGAUUUGUAAUUGAACCAUAUUUGAAAUAUCCUCAAUUAUUAUCAAUUUUAAUUAAUAUUUUAAAAGCUGAGUCAUCAACAUCAAUUCGACAUGAAACUAUUAGAUUGAUAGGAAUCCUUGGAGCUUUAGAUCCAUAUCGACAUAAACCAUCUUCAGAAGAUUAUUAUCCAACUGUUGUCAUAAAUGCUUUAAUGAAAAUUCUUCGUGAUUCUUCUUUAAGUGCUCACCACACUGCUGUAAUUCAAGCAGUAAUGUAUAUUUUUAAGACACUAAGUUUGAAAUGUGUACCAUUUUUACCACAAAUAACUCCAGCGUUUCUCGGAGUAAUGAAAACAUGUCCUGCUGGAAUGUUGGAAUUUUAUUUCCAACAAUUAGGUAUACUUGUUUCAAUUGUACAACAACAUAUUCGUAAUUAUCUUCAAGAUAUUUUUUCAUUAAUUGAAUUAUUUUGGGAACCAAGUUCUUCAAUUCAAAUUACAAUAAUCCAUUUGGUUGAAGAGGUUGCUAAGGCUCUAGAUGGGGAAUUUAAAAAUUAUCUGCCAAGCCUUUUGCCAAUAAUGCUUCAAAUUUUUGAUCAGGAUAAAAGUGACAAACGUCAACCUACUCAAAAAGUUUUACAUGCAUUGGUAGUAUUUGGAACUAAUAUUGAAGAAUACAUGCACCUUGUUAUCCCGGUAGUCGUUAGACUUUUUGAAAGAUCUGAUGUACCUUUACAACUUCGUAAAUCAGCCGUCAGCACCAUUGGUGAAUUGUCAAAGAAAGUGAAUUUUUCAGAUCUUACAUCCAGAAUAAUUCACCCACUUGCUCGUGUAUUAGCUAUGUCUAAUUAUGAACUUAAAAUGGCUGCUAUGGACACGCUUUGUGCACUUGUAUACCAACUUGGAUCAGAUUAUGCUGUAUUUAUUCCUAUGAUUAACAAAAAACUAUCUCAAGAUUUAGGUAUUGAAGAAAAAUUUAAUGAAACACGUAUAGAUGAAAUACCUCCUGCUGAAACUAAUGCAAAGAAAUUACCUGUCAAUCAGCAACAUUUGAAAAAUGCUUGGGAAUGUUCGCAACGGUCUACAAAAGAUGAUUGGAAUGAGUGGAUUAGGCGUUUAAGUGUUGAACUACUUAAAGAAUCACCUUCGCAUGCUCUUCGAGCCUGUGCUAGUCUUGCUGGUGUUUAUCAUCCUUUAGCAAGAGAACUUUUUAAUGCUGGUUUUAUAUCAUGUUGGACGGAAUUGUAUUAUCAAUAUAAGGAUGAACUUGUCAAUUCAUUGAUGUCUGCAUUGAGAGCUUCCAAUAUUCCCUCAGAAAUUGUAUCAACCAUUUUAAAUUUAGCUGAAUUCAUGGAACAUUAUGAUAAAGCAUUACCUAUUGACAUUAAGACACUUGGAAAUCAUGCCGAAUCAUGUCAUGCAUAUGCAAAAGCUCUUCAUUAUAAAGAGAUGGAAUUCAUGUCAGAUUCAUCAACAGAAACAAUUGAAAAAUUAAUUCAAAUUAAUAACCAAUUACAAUUGCCUGAUGCAGCUAUAGGAAUUCUUAAAUUGGCACAAGAGAUGCCAAAUGUUCAAGAUUUUCAGAAAAAAGAAAACUGGUAUGAAAAAUUGAACCGUUGGGAGGAUGCAUUUGAUGCUUAUAAAAAGCGAAGUGAAGAAAAUCCAAAUGAUUUUGAAGCAACGCUUGGCGUGAUGAAAUGUAUGUUUUCUUUGGGCAACACUGAUGGUUUAUCCACUCUAGUUCAAGAGAAAUGGCAUGAAUCAACAGAUGAAAUGCGUGAAUCAAUGUCAAUAUAUGCUGCUGCUGGAGCCUGGGCAUUAGGUCAAUGGAGUUUAAUGGAAGAUUAUAUUUCAACUAUAAAACAAGAUUCGCCAGACCGUACAUUCUAUCAAGCAAUCCUUGCUUUACAUAAAAAUCAAUAUAACGAUGCAAUGGUUAACAUUGAUAGAACCCGUGACCUGUUAGAUACUGAAUUAACUGCUCUUGUUGGUGAAAAAUUGGAAGAAAUUAUAACGUACAAACAAUUUUCUGACCAGCCUGAUCGCCAAGCAACUAUUAGGAAAACUUGGAUGGAAAGAUUGAAAGGGUGUCAGCGUAAUGUAGAUGUUUGGCAACAAGUUUUAAAAGUUCGUGCAUUGGUAAUUUCACCAAAGGAAAACGUUGAAAUGUGGAUUAAAUUUGCAAAUCUUUGUAGAAAGAGUGAACGAUUGGAACUUGCUGAAAAAACGUUGAGAGAGUUAUUAGUUGGUGAUAAAAGGCUAGAAACAAUUCAUCCAUCAGUAUUAACAAGAGCAGCUCCUCAAGUUGUAUAUGCACAUUUGAAAUUGAUGUGGGCAAAAGGUGAACGCCAGAAUUCAUUUACGUUAUUAAAGGAUUUUACUGAUAGGAUAUCAAAUGAUCUCCGUGUUGGCAAUACAAGUUUACUUGCCAGAUGUUACCUUAAAAAAGGUGAAUGGCAAAAGACUCUUCAGGAUGAUUGGGAACCGGCAUGUUGUUUUAUUAUUGAAUAUUCUUCUAUUCCAGAGAUUUUACAAUCUUAUUUACAUGCAACACAAUAUGAUAAAGAGUGGUAUAAAGCAUGGCAUGCAUUGGCUCUUGCUAAUUUUGAAGUGAUUUCACAUUACGAAAAACUUAAUGCUUUGGAGAAUAAUAAAUCAGAUGAAGAAAUUGUUGAAUUUUCUGAGGAAAUGAUCAAUUCAGAAAUUCAACAAGAAAUUUUACGUUAUGUUGUGCCAUCUGUGCAAGGAUUCUUUUGUUCAAUCGCGUUGUCAAGAGGUAAUUGCCUACAAGACACAUUAAGAUUGUUAACUCUGUGGUUUAAGUAUGGAUAUCAUCACGAGGUUAGCACGGCAAUAAGUGAAGGAUUUAGUAGUGUCAACAUAGAUACUUGGUUGGAUGUUAUUCCACAGCUUAUUGCACGUAUUCAUGUGUCUAAUACAAAUAUUAGACGGUUAAUACAUCAGUUACUUACAGAAGUUGGUAAGGAACAUCCUCAAGCUUUAAUUUAUCCACUUACUGUUGCAUCAAAAUCUCAAAGUUCAAAUAGAAAGAAGGCAGCUUUGGCAGUUAUGGAUAAACUGCGCUCACAUAGUCCAGUACUUGUUGAACAGGCACUGCUUGUUAGUCAAGAGCUGAUUCGUGUUGCUAUUUUAUGGCAUGAAAUAUGGAUGGAGCAGUUGGAGGAAGCUUCAAGGCUUUACUUUAUUGAUCGUAAUUUUGAAGCGAUGUUUCAAAUAUUGGAUGAUUUACAAGUUCGUUUAGAGGGUGGACCCGAAACAUUGCGUGAAAUAACUUUUGUACAAGCUUAUGGUAGAGAACUUUCUGAAGCAAAUAUAUUGUGUAAAAAAUAUAGACAAUUAGGAGAUAUAGCUCUUCUCACACAAGCAUGGCAAAUUUAUCAUGAACUGUUUAAAAAAAUUACCAAUCAAGUCAGCAAUAUUUCAACACUUGAACUUCAAUAUGUUUCACCAAAAUUAUUAGCUGCUAAAGAUCUUGAAUUGGCUGUGCCUGGAACAUACAAAAGUGGAGAGCCUGUAUUAAAAAUUGUUAGUUUUAUGCCCACAGUUAAUAUAAUUUCAUCAAAGCAACGGCCAAGAAAGCUUAAUCUAAAAGGAAGCGAUGGAAAAGAAUAUCAAUUUUUAUUGAAAGGACAUGAGGAUUUACGUCAAGAUGAAAGAGUUAUGCAAUUGUUUGGCUUGGUUAAUACACUUUUAUCAUUAGAUUCAGAAACAUUUAAAAGACAUUUACACAUACAAAGAUAUACAGUGACACCACUUACACCUAAUAUUGGACUUCUUGGUUGGGUUCCAAACUGUGAUACACUACAUGCAUUAAUACGUGAUUAUCGUGAAAGCAAAAAAAUAUUAUUAAAUAUUGAACAUAGAUUAAUGCUACAGAUGGCACCUGAUUAUGAUCAUUGUACGAUAUUUCAAAAAGUAGAAGUGUUUGAGUUUGCAUUGGCCAACACUACAGGACAAGAUCUUUAUAAAAUUUUAUGGCUCAAGAGUAAAAACUCUGAAGCAUGGCUAGAUCGUCGUACUAAUUAUACAAGAUCAUUAGCGCUUAUGUCGAUGGUAGGAUAUAUACUUGGACUUGGUGAUAGACAUCCAUCAAAUAUAAUGUUGGAUCGGUACACAGGAAAAAUAGUUCAUAUUGAUUUUGGAGAUUGCUUUGAGGUUGCUAUGACAAGAGAAAAAUAUCCAGAAAGGAUUCCAUUUAGAUUGACAAGAAUGCUUAGGAAAGCUAUGGAAGUUAGUGAAAUUGAAGGAAAUUUCCGUAUAACAUGUGAAGCUGUUAUGACUGUUUUACGUAAAAAUAAAGAAAGUCUUAUGGCAGUAUUAGAAGCAUUUGUACAUGAUCCGCUUAUUAAUUGGAGAAUAAUGAAUAAUCCAAGUCCUAGACAAGACGGCGAAGCUGUUAACAAUGCAGGUACAACGAAUCGCCGUGCGCGUGAUAUCAUACACCGCAUAUCAAAUAAAUUGACAGGUAAAGAUUUUAAUGAAAAUCAAAUUUUAGAUGUUCCAUCCCAAGUAGAAAAAUUGAUUCAACAAGCAACCUCAAUUGAAAAUCUUUGUCAAUGCUAUAUUGGAUGGUCGACAACACAAGCAUUACCAAAUUCAUUGAGUAAAAAUAAACGUAAGGAAAGAAAUGAAUUGUUAUCAGAAGGUAAAUCAGAAAUAGAUAGUGAAGAGGAGGAGGAGGAAAAGGAUAAAUUAUUCAAAAUACAAAGAAGCAUAGAAUUUCCAGUAAAAAUGGCGGUAACAUAA